CGUCCGCCCGCGGCGGGGCCGGCCCUUCGCCCGCCCACCGGCCCCGCGCUCACUGCCCGCGCCCGCUGCCCGCCGCCCGCCGCCCCGGCCCGCCGCGCGCACUCCAUGGCUGCUCAGGAGUGGGACUGGUUCCAGCGCGAGGAGCUCAUCGGCCAGAUCAGCGACAUCCGUGUGCAGAACCUGCAAGUUGAGAGGGAAAAUGUGCAGAAGAGGACUUUUACGCGAUGGAUAAACCUACACCUGGAAAAGUGUGAUCCACCUCUAGAAGUUACGGACCUAUUCGUUGAUAUUCAAGAUGGAAAAAUCCUAAUGGCUUUGCUAGAAGUCCUCUCCGGGCGAAAUCUGCUGCAUGAAUACAAAUCCUCAUCACAUCGUAUUUUUCGGUUGAACAACAUAGCAAAAGCACUUAAGUUUCUGGAAGAUAGCAAUGUCAAGCUGGUUAGCAUCGAUGCAGCAGAAAUAGCGGAUGGCAACCCCUCGCUGGUUCUCGGGUUGAUAUGGAACAUCAUUCUCUUCUUCCAGAUAAAGGAGCUCACGGGCAACCUCAGCAGGAGUUCCCCAUCUUCCAGCUUGUCACCUGGCUCGGGGGGCACAGACUCCGACUCCUCCUACCCACCCACCCCCACCACAGAGAGGAGUAUGGCGGUAUCAGUGAAAGACCAGAGGAAGGCCAUCAAGACCCUGCUGGCGUGGGUGCAGCGGAAAACAAGAAAGUAUGGUGUGGCGGUCCAGGACUUUGCGGGCAGCUGGAGGAGUGGGCUGGCUUUCCUGGCUGUCAUCAAAGCCAUUGAUCCCAGCCUGGUGGACAUGAAGCAGGCUCUGGAAGAUUCCACCCGGGAGAAUCUGGAGAAGGCCUUCAGCAUUGCACACGAUACCUUACACAUCCCUAGGCUCCUGGAGCCGGAAGACAUCAUGGUUGACAUGCCGGAUGAACAGUCCAUUGUGACGUAUGUGGCCCAGUUUCUAGAACGCUUUCCAGAGUUGGAGCCUGAAGAGUUUGUGAAUCCAGACAAAGAAGCUCCCAUCGAGUCCACCUUUGUCCGAAUCAAAGAAAGCCCUUCUGAACAGGAGAGCCGGGUCCUCCUCCUCAGCGAGAAUGGAGAGCGAGCUUACACUGUCAACCAUGAAACCAGCCACCCGCCUCCUGCCAAAGUCUUCGUCUGUGACCAGCCUGAGAGCACGAAGGGUUUCUGUCUGGGUGUCGUGCCCAGCCACGAGUUGUCGGACAGCGCGACUGAGUUUAUGCACCAGAUUAUUGACCAAGUCCUCCAGGGGAGCCCAGGAAAGACCGGAUCCAGCACCGAGCCAGUUCCAGAAUCUUCCAUCUUAUCAACAAGAAAGGACGGCCGGAGGUCCAACUCUUUGCCGAUCAAGAAAUCCGUCCACUUUGAGGCUGACUUGCACAAGGAUGCCUCAUGUAGCAAAGACCCUUUCUACAACUCAGACUUCCGCUUUGAGGGGAGCCCAAGGGCAGCAAAGGAUCUGCCGAAGGAGGAUGAUCAUGGCUCAUUGGCUGAGGUUGCCAAGGAAAAGAAGACAGAACAGGAAGCCAGGCCAGUGCCUGAAACUGCCUCAGACAGGGGCCCUGAAGACAUUGUUGGUGUGGAUGGUGUGCCCCAUCAUGAUCAGCCUCCUCAGGACCCCUCAUUCUGUAAUGGCAGUGUAGAAGCUAGCCAAGGUGAGAAAGGCCCUUCUCUUUCAUCUCCUGCAGAUCAUACUAUCCUGGCCAACUCCACAGAACUCAAGGUUCAGCUGCUUACUGUCGAGCCUAUGGAUAAAGAUGACUAUUUUGAAGGCAUCCCACUGAAGGCUUCCAAGUUUAACAGGGACCUCGCAGAUUUUGCCUCCACCAGCCAGGCUUUUGGUGAGGAUCCCUCACCCCCUGAGAAGACCCCUGGGGAGGAAGAGGGGCUAGAGAAUAACACUGAGAAACUGGGGAAAAGGAAAUCAAAGUCUCCCCACGCAGAGACAGAGUCACCUGAAUCCCAGUCGGAGGCUGACAAGCAUGAGCCUCCUCCCAAGGGCCCGGAACAAGAUCAAGACCAUCCUUUGCCCCCAGAAGAAACGCCUACAGAUAAGAAACCCGAAGUGUAUGAAAAGGCCAAGAGAAAGUCCACCCGGCAUCGCAGCGAGGAAGAAGGCGAAGCAGAAGGCCUCUCCGGGGUCGGCGGAGAAGUGCCAUCCAACCCUCCAAGUACCAGCGUCAGCCUGGAAACGCUGAGGAGUCACAGUGAAGAAGGGCUGGAUUUCAAGCCUUCUCCACCACUCUCGAAGAUCUCCGUCAUCCCCCAUGACCUGUUCUAUUACCCGCACUACGAGGUGCCCCUGGCUGCAGUACUGGAGGCUUAUGCGGAAGGUGGGGAGGAUUUGAAAGGCGAAGAUCUAGGGGAGCCAGAAGAGGGCUAUCUCCAGGACUCCAGGGAGGAGGAGGAGGCCCACAGCUCCCAAAGCAGCUGCAGCUUCUCCUCGCCUAUUGACAACGGCCACCCCAGCACCGGUGACCAGGCGUCUCAUGUUGAUGGGACUUCUGAGGGGCCCACAUCAACCUCAAGACCUGGUUCUCCACCCUCUUAUGAGGACCAACAACAGAGGGAAACCAAAGAGAAUGGCCCCGUGGAGAGCCAGCAGGUACUUGAGGUUUGGGAACUAAGAGCUUCUCCCUCUCCCCAAGAAGCCCCAAACCCGGAACUCCCUGAAAAGCCAUUAGAAGAAAAGUCAAUGGAAGUCUCAACUAGCAGUAAAAAGAAAGAAAAAAGGAAACAUGUGGACCAAGUAGAGAGCUCAUUAUUUAUAGCCCCUGGGACUGUCCGCUCCUCAGAUGACCUUGAAGAAAACCCCUGUGAACACAAGGUUCCUUCCAGGAAUAGCCACAGUGACUCCAGCAUUUACAUUCGGCGACAUGCUAAUAGGUCUUUGGAAUUGGACCAUUUUAGCUAUGUUCAAUUGAGGAACGCAGCCGAUCUGGAUGAGCGGAGAAACAGAGUGUUAAACAGGUACAAUUCUCAGAAGCUCACUGAGCUGAUUUUACAGUUUUACGGCAUCAGAGCAGACAUGAAGCGGGAAUACAAACAUGCCAGGCUGUCUAUGACUGGCACCAACUCCUCUGGAGAAGCCGUGCCCCUGGGGAGCCAGAGCCCACCCAACGACUCCCUGACACAGUUCGUACAGCAGCCCGACGUGGUCUAUUUCAUUCUUUUCCUGUGGCUCCUGGUCUACUGCUUGCUGCUCUUCCCCCAACUUGAUGUCAGCCGGCUCUGAAACGUGUGUCUGGAGAAUAAAAAGACAGGACCCUAACCCGGGUGGAGUUUGCCUCCUGCAUCUUAACUGUCUGUUCGGGGUCGAGCCCCUUCUACAGAGAUGGAGGACCUCAGAGGGAGCACAGGCCCCACCUCCUGUUGCUGUCUGGUUCAGUCUCUGCUCAGUUUCCCCUUGGUUCUCUAAGACCUGAGAGCAUGCUUCCCUCCCUGACUGUGUGCUCUGAGCUCAGGUUGGUGACUAGGUUUGUGAACGGGAUUCUUCCUUAUGUGCCUUGUUUGAACGAUGUGCGUCCUUACUAAUGUGUACCCCAAACCUGGGGCUUAGCAUGUGAACAUGUAGGUUUCCAAGCUCCUGGAGGAGCUUGAGUUACUUACUUUUAUCUCAGGGGAGGGUCUGCCUGAUUUCAAGAAAGAACAGAGUCCAUACUAGGAAGGAAGGUACCCUGUUCUCCACAUGUGAGUGUUUGAGUGACGAUGCUAUGGCUCCCGUGAUCCUCUCCCAGCCUGACGACCUGUUGUGUUCACUGGCACACAUCUGCCUGCUCCCCAGAAAUUACACCUGGGCAUUGGCAGACUCCAAAGAAGAGGGUUCUCUGCCAGCUUGGUUGUGAGCCACGGCACAGUCUUUCACCUUGGUGUUCUUGGAGGGUUGUGUGUUUAAUUCACUUUUGCAUUGAUUGGAUUGAGGAGGAGCUGUACUUUGCAAUCCUUCUCCACCAGUAGGACCUCCCAUCAGAUGAAGGAGGAGAAGGAGUCAGUCUAGAUUUGCGUUAAAAGCAAGAUUCUGGCUGUCUUGGAUAGCCCUGAGACUUCCUCCUAUCCUGCGGAGUUUUCUGUACAGAAUCUGAAGUCCGUAUGAGGCUGCAUGUGGGGCCCCAGAGUGCUGGACGUGCCGGGGUCAGAAUAAACUCCCAUGGUGGAGCUGGAAGAGUUUCUGCAGGUUUCUGAACUCAGGAUGCACACCUUGGCACCAGCAUCCUUCAUAGUCAGCCAUAACGGAGACCUUGAAAAGACUUUGUGGGAAGCACCAGGGUGUAUAGGCCAGGGCAGGCAGCUUGUGAAAGGAGUGGCUUCUUUUCUCACCCCCACUUUUGUCCUCAGCCCCCGCCCCAGCAUCCUCUUGCCCUCUUCUCUGUGCAAAGGCUCAGGUCUUAGAAGAUUCUAGGUCCCUCCUCCCCUUGUCAUCCCUCUCUAAAAGCACAUACUACAAAGCCCUUUUUAAAACUGUAAACUGAGCCGGUCAGUGGUGGCACACACCUUUAAUCCCAGCACUUGGGAGGCAGAGGCAGGCAGAUCUCCGAGUUUGAGGCCAGCCAGGGCUAUGCGGACAACCCCUGUCUGAAAAAAACAGAAAGAAAAAAGUAAUAAUAAAAACCACAAGCUGUUAGUCAGGAGGAGGCCUCAGGGAACAUCUUAUUUAGCUGAACUCAGAGAGGCAAAGCAGGCUGCCCAAGGUCACACAGCCCACCAGAAGCAGACUGGACGUGAGCUCACAGACCACAUGACCCUCAGUCUAGAACUGUCGCCUUUUUUUUUUUUUUGAGAAAACUUCCAGCAAGGUACACAAAUGUCCUGGAAGCAAAAAAAAAAAAAACUAAGCUAAGUAAAAUGUUCUCACUCAAACAAAGCCAUCAGUUUUCGACCUUUUAUUUAACCUUCAGGCUUAUCCUUAGCUCCUUCUAGAGUGUUCUUGACAGCUGUAAAGGCUUGUGCACUGCUCAUUUCUCUUGUUGCUGUGGCAGAAUAAGUGGCAGAAAACAACUGAGGAAGGGGGUUUGGAGCUCACUGUACCCGGGUCACCGUCCAUGAUAAAGGGGGUCACAGCAGCAGGACUGUGAGCUGGCUCGUCACACCGCUCAGUCAGGAAGCAGAGAGACACGAACGCUGGUACGCUGCUCGCUUUCUCCUUUUUGUCAGCCCAGGAUGCCCAGCCCAUGCAUGGCAUGGUGCUGCCCACAUUCAGGGUGGGCUGUGUCUCUUUAGUUAAGACCUACUGGAAAGACCUCUAGCGUUACAUCCAGAGGUGUGGUCCCAUAGUGAUACUAAACGCCAUCAAAUCGACAAGGUGGAGCAUCACGUCUUGCCUUUGGUAUGUGAACAUUGUUCUUAGUCCAGGAGUCAUUCUCUUUAAGCAAGCCAAAGACUUGCUUGUUUUUAAAUAAAAUUAAAACAAUUUAUGUGGCACAUUGAGUCAUGACGGCCAGAAACCUGGCCUCUCAACCAUUUUAAUUGACAUCUGCCUCCCUUCCCAGAAAGAACUGAGGCCUUCCAAGGGGGAAAGCUCUUCUGAGCUUGGAGCAAUUCCAGGUUGAAGGCCUGAAGCUCCCUAGAAAGAGAACUUACUUAAAGAGCUCCCUGGUCCUAUUGGAAGUUCAAAAGCACAGAUGAUAAAGGUUCUGUGUGAGAUGUUUUAUGUCCUCGCACACAGCAGUUCUCUCCCAGAUGAGGUACCAAAGAAGAGCUGGCCCAGAUGUGAAUCAUGUGUUUUAUGGGACUAGACCUGGCUCAGAAGUCUGCACGCUGCUUCUCUCGCCUCCUACAGUUGCUAACAGCCUUUAAAAUGUCUUCAGGUAAGAUGCUCAAGAGUCGCUGGGUUCAGGCUGGCAGGAAGUCGGCUUUACUUUAAAAGGGAAAGCAAUCUCAUGGAGUGUAGGGGUGAAUAGAAGAGGUGACUGUGGAAAGCCGCUGGGCAAGCCAUCCAAUCCCUUGACAUUUUUAAAAGAUUAACUUUAAAGUGUGUGUGUGUGUGUGUGUGUGUGUGUGUGUGCGCGCGCGCGCACACAUAAGUACAAGUACCAUGGAGGCCCUAAGAAGGUAUCAGAUCCCUGUGUGGGUGCUAAGAACUGAAGCAGGGUCCUCUGCAAGAGCAGCAUGCACCUGUCACCACGGGUCAUGUCUCCACCCUUGCUUAGCAUCUGUUAAAUGAGAAAAUGCUGUAGGUUUGAAAUGAGGACAGCUGCCCCUGAGGCUUGCUUGUGCUGGUAGUCCCUUUUAUCACUUUAAGCUGUUUUUCUAUUCCCCUCUGUGCUUCUGUGUGACAUACAGCAGGCUUACUAAUACCUUAGAUGAGAAUUCCGCUCUCACCAGUACCAUACGGGGUUUCCUCAGUAUAUUUAGAUCAUGUGAUGCAUGCAUCCCUAUUUCAUGAAAAUGCUGUCUUGGGCAUGUGGGGACUGCAGCUUCUGAGCUAAGUUGUGGGCAGUAAUCCUGUCUCCUCUGGGCAGAAGCCACCCACCCAUACACGCUUGGUUUCACUGGCAGAGGUAGGCAAUUUUCUUUUUCUCUGAGCAGAUCAGUCCUCAACUAGGACAGAGGCUGGGUUUUAUCUCCCAGAUGCUCCCCUGGCCAGGUGCAUAAGCCAUAGGGUGGGACCCAGAGACCCCUGAGUACUAAGUCCAGGCCUUGAAGAAUCUGUCUCAGUAAUCACCAUGGAACCUGAAGUUGCUCCUGCCUUGCUUAGUCUUGUGAGCCUAGGUUGCGUUUUUUUUUUUUUUCUUGUUCUCUAUUAGAGAGGCAAAGCGUUUGUCUGGCUGCAUGGGAGGGGCAGGAGGCCCAAGAAUUAGCACCAUGUCUUAGCCCACCUUCACUGUUCCUAUGCACAAGCCCUUCUUAGGUGCCAAAGUGGGAGGUUCCUCAGUGUUGCCCUUGCAGGCACAUGGUGUGAGGACCCUUCCCUCCUUCCGUCUUAGUGGACUCUACUGCAGCUCUGAAUGGAUGGUGUAUGUGGCCUCCUGUCUACUCUUUCCUGUCCAUGGUUACGGAACUUUCUUUACUUUACAUUCAUUCUGACUGACAAAAUAAGUAAGCAAUAUGUUCUGUAUACUUAGUUUCAUUGCUGUUUUGUUUUGUUUUUUUUUUUUUUAGACAUAGUCUUGCUAAGUAGCCCAGGCUGGCCUUGAACUCUUGUUUCUCCUGCCCCGUUCUCCUACGUGCUAGGAUACAGGCAUGCACUACCCUGCUCAGCUUCAGUGAUCUUGAUCCAUAAAUGCCUUUGGGUUUUCUUGAUAGUGGGUUAGGUGGCUCAUUGUCCUGCUAAAUUCGGUGUCCUGGGUGAAUCUUCUGAAGCUAUAAGACAGCAAGGGUGGGAGAGCAUCAGGUGGCACAAGAAAGCUCUGUUUGAAGGUCGUGGCUUGAAGCAUUUCUCCUCCUCCUCCUCUUCCCUUCCUUUCUAGUUUUGCUGCCUGUUCUCACAGAACACUUAGAUCUCCAAAAUCCUCACAAGAUGUAGUUUGAGAGGUCACAUGGUUUCUACCCUUGCUAUACCUGCCAUCCCACCCCCAACUCCCAUGCAGGGAACAGGUUGUCCACACUGGCCUUUGCAGACAAGGUUCUCUACUAGUUAUGCUUGGAGUUUGGGCAGAAUUUCCCCUUAGAAGCUGUGGUUUUCCUUAGCGUUAGUGACAAAGUCUAGAGGCUGCUGGACAGAUGUGUCCUUAGUGGAGAAAUGUACUCCAACACGCUCUCUUACCCAGGACCUGUGUUUGUCCACUGCAGGGCUCAGCCCGGUCAGCAGUGCUCACCUGCACUGUAAACAGUGGCAUUGAGAAGGCAGGGAUUCUCUAAGUCACAAUCUCUUUGGUGGCUUUGGGGACCAUGUGAAGGUUCAGUGUCCUCUUUAGAGAUGAAGCUGAGCUGGAGGAUCAUGUGAGUCUAUAGCUGCCCCAUCAGUCCGGGCAGUACAGUAAGAUGGUACCGAAAACAAAAAGCAAAUAAACCAAACCUGAAGAAAGCAAAAACGAGAACACACAGCCCCAUUGCUUUUCUAGCCGGUGGCUUUGGGAUGGCCAUUCCUUCCCAAGGAAGGCUUGUAUAACACUGCAGCCACCCUCAGUGAGGCCUCCGAACACCAGUGGAGCGCAUCUCACCACCAGAAGUCACCCAAUGGAGUAGGAGACACCUCGGAAGAACAUAGCCUGCCUUCCAUGGUGAGAGCAGUCUCUUUCCGUGAAUGUCAUUGUCAUGAUCACAUGGACUCCUCCUUGAGAUUUCAUCUUCUCAAACUCCAGAGGGCUGAGUGCAGUUUGAGGCCCAGCCUCCCUCUCUCUCUUGCUUAGAGACACUGUCCUUAGGAAUCACCCCUGAUUUUCCUAUCGGACUCCAGGUGAGGCAGGUGCAACAUCCAAGGGUCUCCGUCCGAGUAGCCCGUGAGUCUUCUAGUCUAUCCCGGAGAGGGGAUGCUCUCAUGAGCACAUCUCGGAUCUGGGUGAGUGACUGAAGACAUGGUGCUGGUGUCUCUAUCAUUGUCUGAAAAUUGCUGUGGAGGUUUUCCCUUACCCGUUAGCCAAAGUGAGACAGAACAGCCUUGCCUGGACUGCACCUCCUCCCUGACGUUGACUUGACUAUGGCUUCUGCCUGCUUCUCUCGAGAGGCCCACUCUGCCUCAUCUUCCAGCAGCUUUUACAAGAGGAAGUGUUAAGCCAUUGUCUACUUGUAAACUCACUUGGCCAACUGUCCAGGGAAGUAUUUCCUUAUGGGAGGAUCAAAAAGACUGGCUCCAGAGAUAAGGUGGUCACAGCCUCCAGCUAAUUAACUCUGGCAGGAGAUUCACUGCUUAGGAUCUCUGGGAGUUCAAGGGCAGCCUAGUCUACAAAGUGAGUUCUAGGAUUGCCAGGGUUACACACAGAGAAACCCUGUGUUGUCUUGAACAUCUGCCCCUCCCCCCACACACACACCAGAAAAGAAGAAAAAUGAAGCGAUAAUCCAAGGAGAUUCUGAUUUGGGGGCUCUAGUCUACUUGGGAGUAGUGGGUGGGAUUCUCUGAGCCAGCCCUUCUUUACCUCAUCCCUGCCCACUGUCUUCCCACCAGGUUUUUGCCCAUUUUGAUCCAACCUGUGCAUAGCUACUUAAAUCCCAUGAAAUCUAUGGUUAACCUACAAAUGUAAAUUUACAGCAAAUAUAUAUAUGUUUGGCUCUAGCUUGUAGCAGCAAAAACUCACUAUUCCAAACCCACAGCCCCUCAGUAGCUUCAGCCAGCACCGAGCCCUACCUCCAACUGCUCCCUGUCUCCACCUCCAAUGCAUGCUUCAGGCUUUUUCCUUCAAACAUAAACCUAGAGAAAGAAGGGUUUAGGAGAACAUAGUGAAGAGUGAGGAUUGAAAGCCAGCCAUAGUGGUGCACACCUAGAAUCCUAGCAUGGAGGAGCCUGGGGCAGGAAGAUUGUCAGCCUGGCUCAAGGAGCAAAAUCCUAUCUCAAAAGAAGAAAAUAAAAACAACAAACAAAAAAACCAAAUGGACAAAAAAAAAAAAGAAAGAAAUCCCCACAAAAUAAACUUUAAAAAAGAUUUUAUUUGUAUGUUAAUGUGUGUGAAUGUUUUGCCUGUAUGUGUGUAUUUGUACUAUGUGUGCACUGCCUAGAGAGGCCAGCGUAGAGUGCUGGGUCCCCUGGAACUGGAGUUACAGAUGGUUUCGAGCCAUGUAGGUUGCCUGCAAGAGUGGCAAGUGCUCUGAGUCAUGGGAGCCAUUUCUCAAGCCCCUCAAAUAAACAUUUUCAAGCGUUAAAACAGGAGUGGAAUAAAGUUAUCACCACCCUCUCUUACAUGAGAAUCAUUUUUUUUCUUUAAGUUUAAAAGUCACGAAUUUUUGCAUCAUUUAAAAAGAAAGAAAUAGAGAAACCUCAUUUAGUCGAGGCUUGUUUCAUUGGUGACAGCGAAUGCUUGUUUUCCCAGCACAUCAAGUCUGUAGGCACCUAGACUGCAAGGCUGUGUGGGGAGAGCAGCCACAGAAUGCCUGUGCUCUCGAAUGUCAGGUGAGGACAGAAACAAUGUCUUAAAGGAAAGUUGGGGAGUUCCCACUCUUGAGACAACCCUGGCCUGGGAAUCACACCUCGGACAAUGCACUUACCUCUCAGGGUGGAAGGUUGGAGAACCACAAACAAAGGUCCUCUCAGGGCUUAAAGCUCCAGGCUUAGCAAAGUCUUGCUUGUUUUUAUCUCUGUAAGUGGCCUAUUCGCUUAAUAAGUGCGCUUGUGUCAAGGAGUGAAUUGCCAAAACUUAGAGCUUGCAUUAGGCUGCAUGUCUGAAAAAGGUGCCUUGUGUGUGUAGGUGGGUGGCCUGACAGUUACAAGGUUUGAAGUGAAACUUUGGAGCUCUAAGUCAGCACCCCAGACAGUGUCCCAGGGGGAAUGUCUUUGAAAUUCAAGAAUUUAGCUCUUGGAAUAUUUAGCUACUGCCUGGAUCUUUCCAUCCCUCCCAGCCUUUUCCUCUUACUCUAGCAAAGAGAGCUCUGUAGAGCAUCCCUGGGGAGGGUGUGGUAAGGAGGGUGCGGGCUCUACAGUGAGAGGUGCCCCUGCGUUCUGCCCUUGAAACUGGACCUUACAAACUACCUGCAUUAUUUACUUCUGUACUGAUAAUAUUGGCCAAAGACAAACAGGAAAAUGUUCCUCCCUCCCAAGCACUGUUGGGACAGGUUGUGAAGCCUGGAGACAGGAUGGUAUUCUGUCUUGAAUUCCCCUUGGAUGGGGAUGGGUGUUUUGUUCCUUUGGGGCCUGGGAUAUCGUUAACAGAAUUAAUAUUUUCUUAAUGGCAUGGCAGAGAAUCUCAUGGCUUAUGCCUGAAAGUUGCAGAACUAUUGGGGACAAAAGCAAAGUGUUAUUUUGUGGUACAAGGGUAUUUUGUCUAUUUAGUGUGUAGAGCUAUAGCUUUAUGAAAACAAAGGGAUCUUUGUAAAAAAAAUACGCUGUGUGAAUGUGCACUCUUAUUUAUUGAUUAUUGUAAAUGGAGAUAUAAAUGAAUACUUGCAUAAUUUAUACCUGUGGGAAACCCCUGGAGUGUUUGUUACUCGACAGUUUUCUAUCACGGAACUUUGGGCCUGGUGCUAUGAUGAAUGACCUUGUAAAAUCACGUGUAUUCUUAAGAAAAAUUUUCAAAAUAAAUUUCUUGAACU